AUGUCAACAUUUUCAGCAACAGACAAUGGGGGCGAUGACUACCGAGCAUGGGUGUACACAUUCGCCUCGGCAUUAGCCUGUGUCCUUGGAGCUGGAUUGAUAUUCAUCGACACGAUUGUAAAGAAAAUUCUCGGAAGAGAUGUCCGAAUCUUGCAAAACCACAAGUUCCUGGCAGGAUCGCUCGGUCUGGGGUCCGGUGUCAUGAUCUUUUCAAGUUUCUACAAUUUACUGCCCGAGGCUAAGGAACAGCUCUCGUCGGACCUCUCGAUCUUUGCAGGACAUGCAGACGCCUUUCUGAUGCUGUUCUAUUUUUCGGGGGUCGGCGUCAUGUCUUUGAUUCAUUGGAUCAUGCACCGCUUCGAGUCUCCGACCUCGACCUCGCCCGGAAUUGAGAAUACGAGGGCGAUUCACCAGUUUAUGCAGCGUGAGGCUGAAGCGACUGCUGCAGUCAAGGCAGGAAAGUAUGACUCGUUACUACCACAUUUCUCGAUAAGAUCUAUGCCGUCUUCGGGAUCGGCCGCGCCUCAUGGACACGGACAUGGACAUGGGCGGACAGGGUUAGGAGCAGGAGGGCCAGUUGGCGGUGCCGCGUCUUCAUCCUCGACAGUAACGCCUCACCCAAACCACAAUCACACAUGCGAGGGCUGUAUCCACGAAGACUCUGACGAGGAUGACGGGGAGAGAAAUGACGAGACUGAGGAGGAACGAUACAACGACUCAGAGUACGUCGACGACGAGGUCACCUCGCUGCUCAACAAUGCCUUUCUGCAGAUCGGAAAGACCCCCAACAGUCGGAUGGAUGAUGAUACCCCUCACCAGCACAUGCGGCAGCACCGAAACCGCAACGGGAUCCCGGCGGCCUACGAUGAUGAUGAGGGCCAUGCGGAGGAUAACGACGGGGAUGGGGAUGAUGACCAGAGUAUUGAGGUUGUGAUCACGGAUCAAAAGGACAAGAUUCUUCGUCGCCCUCAGCGCCGUGCCGCUACUGCUGUCGUUGACAGGAGCAACAGUGAUUUGGAACUCGAUCAAGACCUGGACCUGGACUUGGAUGAUAUUGAGGAUGGCCGACCUGGUCUGCACGGUCCUGAAAAGUUGUGGUCAGCUCAGCAGAAACCCUUUGCCCCCGUCAACAAGAAGAAGAAAGCCGUCGCUGCCAAUGCAGGAGGAGACAGUGGUCAUGUCGGUCGGAAACACAAGGGACGCAAGCUCACCAAGGAGUGUCGUCUGGACCACACCAUCGAUCACAAACACAACAAGAAUGCCGCCUCGCAGCAAACACCGCCCAGCUCUGGAGGAUCCGGUCAUCGAUUCUUCCGUCCAUACCAUCACCAACAACAACAACAACCACAGCAACAGCAACCGCCUAGCUAUGGAUCCAUGUCCUCAGCAAACGGAGUCACCAACAACAACACCCUCCCACGAUCAAGAGAACAACAGGCAACACACCUUCGUCGGACAUCGUUCCCAAGACUCAAGGGUGUAUCGUCGUCGUCUUCGAACAAAAUAGAGUACUCGACCCACGAUAAUCUGGACCAUGCGAUUGCUGACGACCGCGAGCACGCGGACUUGACUGAAAUCGGUAUCCAGACCGCUCUCACCAUCGCCAUCCACAAGUUCCCUGAGGGCCUGAUCACAUUCCUAUCAACAACAGCAGACCCCUGCCUCGGCCUCUCAGUCUUCAUGGCAAUCGCAGUCCACAACCUAAUCGAGGGUUACCUCAUCGCUUUCCCCCUCUACAUUGGCCUCCACUCCCGCUCAAAGGCCUUUGCCCUCGCUGCCGCCCUUGGCGGGUUCUCACAACCCCUGGGCGCCAUCCUUGGCUGGUUUAUCCUCCGAAAAGUCGCAAGUAUGGGAUGGCAGGUCUCGGCGACCGGUUGUAUUUACGCCAUGGUUGCUGGGAUGAUGAGCUCGAUUGUUGUGAAUGGUAUGUGGCCUCAGGCUGUCAAAUGUGUCGGCAGGAACCCGACCAAGGUGGUCCAGUAUUGCUUCUUUGCGGGCAUUGCUAUCAUGGGUAUUUGCCAAACCGUCAUGGGUUCUCAGUGCGAUUUCUAA